AUGAUCGACCCCAACUCACUCAAGGUCACAGAACUCAAGGCAGAGCUCACAGCACGCGGAUUGUCAACCAAGGGCGUCAAGAAGGACCUGGUCACACGAUUGGAGGAGGCAAUGGCAAACGAUGGCACCACCACAGGCUCCGCCACCGAACCUGACGUCGCCCCCAAGGAUACUGACAUGGACCUCUCUACAAGCAACAAGAAGGACGAUAACGCGCCAAGUUCUGAACAAGAUGCGCCAGCAACAACACAGGAAGAGACAAAGGAAAUCGCACAGAUCGCCCCACCUGUCGCCGAACCUGUCGCUGCUCCUGCCGAGGCUGAUGUCGUCAUGGCACCAGCCCCAGUUCCUGCUCCAGCAUCGUCCACAAAACCGUUAUCGUCGAUCGAAGGAGUUCAGGCUUCAACCGCUGCGACUAUCACACCCGAUCCAGCUGUGGAAACCUCUACAUUGUCACAAGAAGGGUUGAUCGACACAACGAUGAGCAGUGCCCUACCUGCAGAUCGGUCGACCGAGUCAAAGAAGCGAUCUCUGGAUACUGACGAUACAACAGCCAGUGGCAGCAGUAGCGGAGACUCGUACUCGAGAAUAACAGAGGCUCCGGCAAAGAAACAAAAGGCGAUCGCGAUCAACCGGGACGGGAACGAACAAAUCAUUGCAGCUGCCAAGGAGACUUUGGAGGCUGAUGCUCGUCGACGCAGUGCCGCACCUUCUCCUUCACCAGCACCAUCCGCACUUCCAGGACGUACUCUGUCAACGAACACUAUUGCUACGGUCGCAGAAAUGGCAACACCACCAGCAACAGCGACGGACUCGGAAGCUGCCGACAGUGCUACAACGGGAUCGCCAUCGGGACCACGAUCACCGUCCGAGGACAAGAAGGCCGGAGGAAAUGAGCGGAGGGAUGUCAGAUCGCAGUUUCAGAGAUCUAUUCAGUUGGCGGCACUGGAUCGCAAGACGGAGGCUACAUCAAAGUCUUCUACUGUUUCACCUACCACGACGAGCGCAUCUGUCGUUCUUCCCGAGCCAGCAUCGGCUAAUGACGACCCUAACCCUACAGUCAAGCGCGCAUUGACAAUCACCAAUUUCGUCCGACCCCUGGUCAUUUCUCAAGUCAAGAGAAUGCUCUCUGAAUACGGCGAGAUCGAAACCCUAUGGUUGGACAGCAUCAAGACACACUGCUACGUGAUCUUCAAGGAAACAGCGGAGGCAGAAAAGGCAUACAAUCACACUAACAAUAUGGUGUUCCCUCUGGAGACAGGCAAGCCCUUGAAGCCUUACUUCAUCACAGCCGAAGCAGCACGCAACAGCAUCGCAGCAGCAGAAUUGGCACAAAAAUCUGGCAAGAAGCCCGUCAUCUACACGGGUGAACACGUCGCGCCGGCAGCACCCGCCGCUGCCGAGAAACCCAAGGCAGAACCCAAGACGAAAACACCCAUUGUUGUCCAACGAGACACAACUGGAGUCAUUUUCAAGCGGCCGCAGGUCCAGGUCGUGCAGCCCACAGAACUGUUCAACAUGACCAAGGCAAAGCCGAUGCUGUACUACAAAGCCGUCAAGGAACCUCCUGCACCAGCUUCACCCAGGGAGACUGAUGCCCCUGCUCCUCAAGUUGCCGAGGCUAAUUGA